CCAUAAGAGAGGAACAGGAAGAGACUGUGAAGCAGUGAAGUUGUCGAUGCAUCGUGUCAGCUUCUAGCUCCUUUCAGAUUCGUUUGUGAAAAACACUCAUGUAGAUAUAGAUAUGUGGGAGCUAAUGCUUGUUCGUACACGGAGGUGAGAUGCAUGUGGGCUUUACUUGACAUUCCGCUGAGAGGACCUCGUUUUAACUCAUCGAAGGUUGAGAAGCUCGGCAGAAGCUAUGAUGAACUGCGCCGAGGUCAAAGUUGAAACCUCAGUGGACAAGCAGUUGGAGCCUCUUCUCAUCCUCGAAGAGGGGGAUGAACCUUCGGAUGUGAUAAACAGCAGCAGAGGAAGGACCGUACUGAGAGUUAGGACGACUGAUGAAAACACAAAGGAUGACAUUAUUGAAGCCACAGAGGGAAGUUCACAUGAUCACAACAGUGUCCAAGAAGGAAAAGGUGAGAGUAAAACAAUGCAAGCAGAAAUGAAUGAGGAGAAGAAUGCAACUAUAGAAAGUCAACAGGUGGAAGAUCACGCAGGUCGUGAAAUUAUUACAAAAACCGACAAGGGACUGUCAGACGGGACGGCUGCAGGACCAGAGAAGAUGCUACAAGUAGAGACUCAAGACAAAUCAAGCGCUCAAGGAGAAGUAAAACUGCGGCCCAAAGACAGACUGAGCCCUGACGAUGCAAAGCAAACGGUUCACAGGACAUCUCCAGAUUUCCCAGACGCUUUGUGUGAGCUGUUGUUCGCGUUACAAGAGGGCCGGCGACUCAAUGACCAGCGCUGCUCGUUCCGUCUGGACCGCCGCAGGAGAUGUUACUCAGAGCCCAGCACACCUCGCCACAGCCAGAGAGUGGUGUUCUCCUCCAUGACGUCCCUGCAGAAGGAGGAGUUCUUCGAUUUGUUGGCGACUUCUCAGGGUCGUCGACUGGAUGACCAGCGAGCAGAGCUCCAGAACAUUCCUUCUGCCCCCCCACCUCGGCUGCCCAAAGCCAAACAGAGGAAGAGCAGCUGGAAGAUCCCUGAGGUCACCCGAACCGUUCCCAUGCAAACACCCAAAGAGGACUUCUACAACAUGAUCGUCAACUCACAAGCCCAGGGCCGGCUGGAGGAGCAGCGCAGUGCAGCUCCAGGACCGAUGGAUGAUGAAGAUUUCUUUAGUUUGUUGCUGAAGGUCCAGGGCGGAAGAAUGGAUGAACAGAGAACAGAGCUCAAACCUGGUCAUUAAGAGAGAAUCAAACGGGAGGUUCCUGCUUUACUGGGCCUGUUACAGUGUGUGAGUUUAUCCUGUCAGACUCUUUCCUGUCCAGAUAACUAUAAAGAUCAGACUACCAGUAUAAGAAAACUUGCACUACUUCUUGCUACACUUAUUGCGCUUGAAUUCAUAACUCAAUAAUAAACGGGAGAGUCACAGAAUAUCUCUUGCUUUAAAGAUAAAGGUCUUUUGAAGGAUCUCUGCUCUUUCUGUUAUGUACAUGCUACAGUAAGGAAAUAAAGGUUUCAAUGUGAA